AAUUUUAGAAUAUGGCUGUAACGUAACAAAAUGUGGAAAAAGUCAAAGGGUCUGAAUACUUAACGAAUGCACUGAGACUCGCCUAUUAUUCGCAUAAGCUAUUCGCCUAUUUCAAACAUAAUAUAUAAUAGAGACGGACUACUCCUGCAUAUGAAAAAGUCACUUCCACAACUCGGUGAGAUUGUGAUCUGUAGGCUAAGUACCAAGAAGGACAGGAGAACGGUCACGGUAAACUGUGUCCCUCGUUGAACCUACUUGACAAGACUCCUACUGCGCACCGGAGUAUUCCUCCUCCGAAUGUCUACCGUGUCCACGUCUUAUCUUUACCACCUCAAGCAUCGAACACUUUACGAAUACCAUCUGCCAGGGGUGACUUGGCAAACAGGAAUAUGUUGGGAUAUGUCUCAGAGGGUCCAACAUGUUUGGUUACCUCCUCUGGUGGUGCAACUGACUGGUAGGUGAAGUACUGUCUCAAAGCGAUCUACCCCACACAUCUCCAGAAGAAUGAGUGGUCUCCGCAGAGUUCUCAGAAGGCGAUUACACCCCUUAAAACUGGUGAUAGUGGCCCUUAUCUUUGUCACAUUUCUCUUUCUAAUACAACGUGAGGUAGUAAGCCAAAGUCCCUCCCUAGAAGAGCCCUGGCUGAAGGAGAUAGCUGUCAAGCGGGAUGCCGUGCUGGGCAUGGUGAUGGGGGCCGUCAAUAACUUUAGGGAUGCUAUGCCAAAGAUGCAGAUCAAAGCCCCAGUGCGUCAGCAGGACAAUGCAGGGGACUUCUCCUGUUUGCCAGGGACCUACACGGCUGCUGAGCUGAGGCCAUCCCUGGAGCGUCCACCUCAGGACCCCAACAGCCCCGGGGCCUCUGGGAAGCCCUUUCACACAGAUAAACUGAGCCCUGCUGAACAGAAGGAGAAGGACCGGGGAGAGGAGAAACACUGCUUUAACCUCUACGCCAGCGACCGCAUUUCUCUCAGCCGUGACCUGGGUCCUGACACCAGACCACCGGAAUGUAUCGAGCAAACGUUCAAGCGCUGUCCCCCUUUGCUGACCACCAGCGUGAUCAUUGUGUUUCACAAUGAAGGCUGGACUACUCUGCUGAGGACGGUGUACAGCGUCCUCCACACCUCCCCUGCCAUCUUCCUCAAGGAGAUCAUCCUGGUGGACGAUGCCAGUGUGGACGACGCCUUGAAAGAGGAGUUGGAUGAAUAUUUGAAGCGGCUGCACAUUGUGCAUGUGGUGCGGCAGCGGGAGAGGAAGGGCCUGAUCACCGCUCGGCUACUGGGAGCCUCGGUGGCCACCGGAGACAUCCUCACCUUCCUCGACGCUCACUGUGAAUGCUUCAGUGGCUGGCUGGAGCCUCUGCUGGCCAGGAUAGCAGAGAACUACACUGCAGUAGUGAGUCCUGACAUCACUACCAUUGACCUCAACACUUUUGAGUUUAUGAAGCCCUCGCCGUACGGGCAGAAUCACAACCGUGGUAACUUCGACUGGGGCCUGUCCUUCGGCUGGGAGAGUCUACCGGACCACGAGAAACAACGGAGGAAGGAUGAGACCUAUCCUAUCAAGACACCAACUUUUGCUGGGGGACUCUUCUCUAUCUCCAAGGACUACUUCUAUCUCAUCGGAAGCUAUGAUGAACAAAUGGAAAUCUGGGGCGGAGAGAAUAUUGAAAUGUCUUUCAGAGUGUGGCAGUGUGGGGGUCAGCUAGAAAUCAUCCCUUGCUCCAUUGUGGGUCACGUGUUCCGCACCAAGAGCCCCCACACCUUCCCCAAGGGCACCCAGGUGAUCGCACGCAACCAGGUGCGGCUGGCCGAGGUCUGGAUGGACGACUACAAGGAAAUCUUCUACCGACGCAACCAGCAAGCCGCCCAGCUGGCCAAAGACAGGGCCUUCGGAGAUGUCGGGCGUCGCGUGGACCUCCGGGAGCGGCUGCAGUGCAAGAGCUUCUCCUGGUAUUUGAAAAAUGUGUAUCCAGAGGUCUUCAUGCCCGAUCUCAACCCGCUCCACUUUGGCUCGGUGAAAAAUGUAGGUAAAGACUCGUGUCUGGAUGCAGGGGAGAACAACGAGGGAGGGAAACCGCUGAUCUUGUAUCCAUGCCACGGCCUCGGAGGAAACCAGUAUUUUGAGUACUCGACCCAUCAUGAGAUCCGGCACAACAUUCAGAAGGAGCUGUGUUUGCAUGGGACGGAUGGAGCCGUGAAGUUGGAAGACUGCCAGUAUAAAGGCCGCAACACGUUUGUAGGAGCAGAACAGAAGUGGGAGUUAAGGGAGAACCAGCUAUUCUACAUCCCAGGAUGGAACCUGUGUCUGAGUGCUCGUCAUGAGCACCCCUCCUUGGUGGCCUGUAAUCCCUCAGACAGAUACCAGCUGUGGCUCUACGUCUGACUACAGGACACACAUGGUCCUCGGCACUAGUGGACGAUGUGUGCCUUGGUAUCCUAGAACCAUUAGAACAAGUAGCAAUUGGCGUACAUUUUUUUACGUUUUAUUAUCGAAGUUGAAUUUUAAUUUAUUUUUAUACGUAGAAGAACUGCUGCUGGAAAGUUUGCGAUUUUUGAGAACGUGACCUCGGGAAGGAAGCGUUAAAACUGAUACUGAAGACUGUUUGUUUUACUCCUUCCUUUUUUUUAAUCAUGAUUUGGGUAAAGGAAUUGUUUUUCUUGUCAUUCACGCCAACCGCUCUCUGUAGAUUGACGGAGGUAGCUGGGACUGUGGAAAGACUUUGGAUGGAUACUGAAUGAAGAGAGAUUUCUUUGAAGAAUACAACUUGUCUUUUUUUCUUAUAGUGUGUACUUCGGAGGCAAAUCAACAUGACAUUUUAUUUAAUUACCAAGGUUUGUUCUUUAUUGCCCACACUGAAUAAUUUAUUAAUAUAAAUGUGAAAACCAACAACAAAAUGGACUGUCAAAUAAUGCAAUAGUGCACUUGCCUCUUGCACAAACUGAAUAACUUCGAUGUUAUACACCAAAGACUAAUCAAGUUUAGUUUUUUUUCUAUUAAAGACAUGCUCCAGAACAUUGGCAACUAGUUAGAUUAUGCAUCCAGCCCAUAGCGGAAGGUUAAAAAAAUACUAUGAGGAGAAUUACUGUCUUACCUCAAUUAGACACGAAAAUCCAUUUACUGGAAGCGGUGCAGUGUCAUUUUCCUUACAAUUCGAGUUCCAGCCAAUGAGGUUCAGCCCCUCGGAGAGAGAAAUUAUGUGGUGCACAUAUGUGAUGUAUGCAAUUUUCGGGGAUAAUUUUUGGCUCGUAAGCUCUACUUUCAGAACUACUGGCUAAGAAGUAUAUGGGAAAAUCUAUUUUAAAAUGUUUAUUAUAGGUUAUUCAAUAUCUACCACUACUGCUUAUUUUUAUUAUGUGAACUAGUCUGUCAGAUGUGACAGGAAAGCACUAGACAUGCAUCCUCCAUUACCACUGCUAGAGGGUCUGAUUUCCCCUCUCAUCCAGCUGGUUUUCCUCACAAGCAGGAGGAUAAAAUAUGAAGUCUCCAAAGUGGUAUUUUAACCAAGGGCUUGAGUCGUGUGGUACUGUUUAAUUGGGCACCUCUAAUUCAUAAUCAUCCGGUAUUUGCAAGAUAAAUCAUUUUCUUUUGCUUUUCCAUAUUGCUUGGCUGGGGCGUUCAAAGGUGUUUUAAUCAUGUAUACAGUUGACCUUUUUCUGAGACUUUAUCAACAUAGCAUUUUUAAACACAAUUCCAGUCACUGCUGUGGUAUUUGAAAUGACCUGUUGUGUACACUCUGGUUGAUUUCAAGUUUGAUUGCAAUGAAAUAUUGUCUUUUUUUCUUUGAAAUCUCUCUUAAAUGAAUGUACAUGUUUUUCUAUCAUGUUCAUGGGGAUUGGAAAUUGUAUGUGGGCUUAAAUGGGAUCUGUAGAAAGGGGAAAAAUGUUAACUUGGUUUACAACAUGAUUGUAUUUUUUUUAUUUUUUAUUAUUCAAGUCUCAGAGUUCCCAGUAUCACACAAACGUCAGUGUUUCGAUGUGAGGGUGUGGGCUAGUUUAUACGAAUCUAUGGGAGAAUGCUGACUGACAAUGGAAUGUUAGAAUUUUGUUGAAUAUUGAAUAUGUCUGGGACUUAAACAGAUGGGUCUACGGCAGUCUGUUAACAAAUUAGAACCGUGUGCCUUUUAUGUUUGGAUCCUUGAGGUUUUCUAUUUUAGUAAAAGGAACUCUGUGUAAUGAGUACAAUGACUGAAUAUGUCAGGGGUGUUGAACUUGUUCCAUGGAGAGCCUAGUGUCUUUUUUUCUCUUCAAUUAAGCCCUAGAUAACCAGGUGAGGUGAGAUCAUUAGUAAUUAGUGACCUUCAUUCAUCAAUCAAGUACAAGGGCGUGAAACCCGUAGACACCAGGCCCUCCGUGGAAUGAGUUUCACACCUAUGCUGUAUGGCAUGAGUACCGUUCUUCACCAUUUCUUAUGUUCAACGGGAGAGGGCGCUGUGCACAAAGGAAUUCAUCCUUGACCCAUCCUUACUGGGCUGUUAGUGUACCCUUUUUCUGAAUAAAAGUUGUUCAAGCUAAACGCAUUAAACGGAUAAAGAAAAACAA